AUGAAGUUGAUCAUUUGUACUUUCUUGGUUUUCUUCUGCCUCUCUGGGAUUCAAGCCCAGAAAGGCUACGUGACAAAGGCCAUCAUGGAGCUCGGUCUUCCGUGUGCACAGGAAGUUGGACUUUCUAGUGAAUCACUGAAGAGUAUUCAAUCUGGUGACAUUCUCAGUAUUCAGGAAGGAUUUGGCUGCUUUGCUGACUGCAUUGCUAAGAAAUUGGGCAUGAUUGCUGACGACAAUAGCUUCCACCUUGGCAAGUACAGGGAGAGAAUUGGAAAAAUCGUCCUACCGGAAGUUGCUGCACAACUUGAGGAAACCUGCAAGGGUAGCGUCGGAACGGAGAAUUGCAAGAUUUCCGGAAGUGUCCUCCAUUGCUCCCUCACUAAGAUUGUGGAUAUUUUCUAUGAAUAA